UGGGAACGACAGUGAAUGUAUAAGUUGGUGGACGGGCUCGGUCAGUGGUUAGUCCUGGGUCAUAUUGGGUUUCUGACAUUGUUGCGAUUUUCCCUCUGUUCUCACUCACAGGUCCAAGAGCUGGUGGAAAAAGCCUCUGACAGUCAGAUUCUCUCCGUGUGCCCUGACAUCAAGUGGCAUUUUAUUGGACAUCUGCAAAAAAAUAAUGUCAACAAGCUGAUGGGUGCCCCCAACCUGUUCAUGAUUGAGACCAUUGACUCCAUCAAACUUGCUGAUAAAGUCAACCAGUCCUGGCAGAAGAAGCAAGCUCCUCAGAGGUUGAAGGUGAUGGUACAAGUCAACACCAGUGAGGAAGACAGCAAACAUGGGCUUUCUGGGGAGCAGACCGUGGAUACGGUGAGACACAUCCUUAGCAACUGCUCCUGCCUGGAAUUUGUCGGGCUGAUGACUAUUGGAAGAUAUGGCUAUGACCCAAGCCAGGGUCCGAAUCCUGAUUUCCAGGUGUUGGUAGCUCGACGUAAGGAACUUUGUGAUCAAUUAAACCUGCCUCUGGAAACAGUGGAACUAAGCAUGGGCAUGUCAACAGACUAUGAACACGCUAUCGAAUUGGGGGCGACCAACGUAAGGGUCGGAAGCACCAUCUUCGGAGAACGGACAUAUCCAAACAAGUUGGGCAUGGAUGAGGCCUCAAAGGAGAUGAGGCAGCCAGUGGCAUUAGCAGGUGGACUGACUGCCAAGGCACCUUGAUGUAGAAGCCAGGUGGAAGGGAGAGGACCAGCUCCCUUUCCACCCUUUACAUGCUCUUUUAAUCGAGUCCCGCACAGCAGUUCCUAGCAUUUUUAAAUGGUACAUUUCAAAGGAAUUUGUUUUUGAUAUUUGCUGCAUCAUGUCGGGUGAGAGUGCUGGACUCAUAAUACACUGAUAAUGAACUGGAACAACAACCAGAUGCUUGCACUAUUAAUCAAUGAAUCUCAAAUUGAUUCAGGACAGGAGGUGACAAUUUGGCCCAUUGAUCUUGUGAUGGCUCUGAAAGCACUGCCUAAUGAAUUCUGGUUUCCUGCUCUUCCUCUUCGCCCUGUGAACUAUUUCAAAAGCUCCCAUUCAAAAGUCAGAACUGAAUCUGCUUCCCCCAUCUUUUCUUGUAUCUGAAAUUAAUAGAUGUAGUACAGUAAAUAAAUACAAAAAGAUAAGCCCCUCUCUCCUCUGCUGCUUCGGCCAAUCACUUGCAAUUGGUGUUAUCUGGUAAAGUUACUUCUCUGCUGUUGACUCCGUUUGUGAAUGAGUUCAGUCCAUUUUAAAAAUGUCAAUAUUCCUGCAAAUAAGGAGGUGGUCUCAGUGAGAAGGGAGAUGAAGCUGUCAGAUGGUCUGAUAAAAUGUGUUGGUUUCCAGUGUCCUGUGGGUGACAGGGAUCUGCCCUUGAAAUGAUGCCAAUUCAUGACCUUAGUCCUACACCAUGAAAUGGCCAAGCCAGUUUCUACCUUCUGUCACUGUCAUCUUCUCAAGGGGAGGUUAGAAGUGAGGACCAAAUGUGGACCUUUUUUGGCAAAAUUCACAACCCAAAUUUGUGUCAAAGCCUAGUUCUUUUGAAUUUGACCACUCUGUCAGAGCAGUGAAACUGGAGGGUGAGAUUUGGACCAAGCUCUUGAAUUACACCAUCUCUAGUCAUCAUUGCCAGGUUCCCCUUCUGUACCAACACUCCUUCACUGUUUCGGAGAACCCUUUAAGUAACUACACCAUCUGAUUGCACUGGUUCAAGAAGGUGCCCUACCUGAAGAAGCACUGGGAAUGGCCUUGUCUUUACCUAGCACCAACCUACGUUAACUUGCAGUCUGAUGUCUCCAUUCUCAAUUGCCUCACUAGCCUUGUGUUCCUCUGACUUUGGCCUGAUGUACCUACCCCUUCCACUCUCUUUGCCCCAUUAUGGACAGCUGUAACUUGAACAUGAAGCCCUGAAACCCAUUCCCUCAAUCUCCCCUCUCUCUCUGUUCUUGUGCUCUCGCUCUCGAUCCCUCUUGCUAACACUCCUUAAAGCCUUUGACCAUGCUUCGGCCGACCUGUCCUGACAAUACCACUAAUGGCUUUUUGUUAUUUUGUCUGAUGUCCCUGUGAAGCACCUUGGAAUCUUGUACUGUGUUCAAAAGGCUCUAUGUAAAUGGAAGUUGAAUAAAUGAACUGUUGAUAAUUGUC